GGUGCAGGGCAGGCAGUGACACUCAGAGUAACAGCAGAUCGUUGUGCUUUCUAUAAUUGCAGGUUCCUUGGGUGGCAGGACACACUGUACUUACAUUAUGGAAAGCAAUACUUGAAAGAUUGUUACAUUGAAGGGAGUGUGGACUUCAUUUUUGGUAAUAGUACUGCACUCUUGGAACAUUGUCACAUCCAUUGCAAGUCCGCAGGGUUUAUAACUGCACAGAGCAGAAACUCUCCACAGGAAAAAACUGGUUAUGUAUUCCUGAGAUGUGUUGUCACAGGUAAUGGGGGAACUUCAUAUGCAUAUCUGGGAAGACCAUGGAGACCUUUUGCAAGAGUGGUUUUUGCAUUCACUUUCAUGGAUCAAUGUAUAAAGCCUGCAGGGUGGAAUAAUUGGGGCAAA